AUGGGUAAAAGUUUUGGACAAGAAUUGGCAUUCGUCCACUUUUUCGUGACGGAAAUGCGAGUCAUAUGGGUUCUGUGGUAUACCAUUUAUAACACCAUUGAAAGUAUAGUUGUCAGCUCUUCCUUAUUUGAUGCUUAUCGAAACAGUGGUGUGACAGAAUGCUUGCACGAGAAAAAGAUCACCGCCGAAGAUAUUGAAGAUUGUGCCCAGUCAGCUUAUAGAAGAUAUUUGGCUACGGGUCCCCAGGUACCUUAUGAAAGAUGCAAUGAAGAUUGCUCGGGAUCGGGAAUUGGCGUAGAGGUUCCUGAGCCCCGGAAUAUACUAUUUUUUAUAACCGUCGUGUUGUUUGGUAUGUACCGUUAAUGAUUGAUGACUGCAAUUUUUGUGUAGGCCUACUACUAUUUAUCCUAGCAAAUCAGCCCUUAAAUUCAAAUAGUCAGUCAAAUUUUGGCUUCGGCAAAUAAUUAUGUAUUGCUCGAUUGUCCACCAUUAUUUCAUAAUAUUAUUAACUAAGGUCCUUAGGUAUAAGAUAUUGUAACUUUAAUGCUAACGGUUUUAACAACAGCAGGCCAAAUCCGUAGCGUCGGGAGACCGAGACAAACUGUUUACAUGCAUGGACAAUAUUUCCAUUCCUCUGCAGAUAGAUUCCUCAAUAUUAUUUUCGUAACCGAGCGACCCUAUUUGCAGACAAGUUUAAAACUUUCGAAUUUUUUCUUCGUCGUGCAGGGUACCGAUAUUGCGUCCCUAAUGUAGAAAUCACACAAAUAUAGAUCCUAACUCAUGCUAGCCUAUAUCUGGUUUACAAUUUAAAAUUUAAUAACUUCGCCAGUUUGUCUGUUAAAUAACAAAAAAGUAUUUCAAAAAAUAUGUUACACUUACACAGGAAUCAAUGCAUGGUCUUCAUGAAUAGUUUCUCGGAAAAAAAAAUAUACUGUACAUUGGAUCUGACAAUUGCCUUAUAUAGAAGCAGGAAUUUUGGCGAAUGGAAGAUACACAACUCCUUGACCGAAUUAAACUCUAAAUUUAAAAUGUUGUUUUUGGCAGGUACUCUAUGCAGGUUCUAAGUACCAUAUCAGUCACGAUUUAGGGGCUGUUGUUACUUUUAGAUUUUUAGAACAAGGAUUAGAUAACGCAUUAGGGUAGGAUUAGUGUUAACGCCUGUUCAAACGAAAGCCAACAUGUUGGUCCAAUAACAUUAUCCGACAUUCUUGGCUGCAACAUGUCAGCCUAACACUUUGAACACGAAUAACAUAACAUUGGAUACUGUUGGCUUGAGUUUAAAAUUUUCAUCCAAAACCUUGCGACAUUGUUGGCCCAGCCGAUUGUUGCACAACUUGGUUUAAGGUUAGAAAUAGGUUUAAGGUUAGGAUUAGAGUUAAGGUUGAGGCAAGGGUUUGGGCUAGGAUUAGGUAAGGAACCCUUAGGUAAGAGUUUGGGCUAGGAUUAGGUGACAGGUGUACUAAGUACUCUAUUACUCACACAACUCCUAUAACGUCCGUUAUAGGAUACCUUCUGGUACUACUCUUGUAUUGUAUCUACCGUCGUCCCAAUUAUCACAAUGGCAGCUACAUUAAAUUUACUCAAAACCUUUACGCAAGCCGAGCGUUCAGAAUUUGUGCCAACUUGAUAUCGGUACUCUCCGUUUUAAUGAUCCUGAUCGGGAUCUUCCUGUUAAUCAGCUACGGAUAUGAUUGGAAAUCUCACGUUGUCGCGUUACUUUUAGUCGUAAUGGAAUCAAGAAGUCUCCUUCUCCAAAAGAGUGAUGGCUUCGACAUUAAUUCCGAAAAAUUUUGUGCGAUAGAGAUCUGUCACGGAAAUUGGAUAACAUGGGUUAUCAACUUCUUCUUCACUUCCAAUGCUGUACUCUUGGAUGAAAUGGAGGUGCAAGUUAUGAAAAAAGGUCUCCCAGGUCACGUGGCAGCAGCUGAUGAGCAUGAUGAUGGAUGUUCGUCUUGCUUAGCUUGGCAACCACUCAGUGACCAAAGCCUCAACGAAUUUCUUGCAACGAAGAAUGAAAAUAUUGGUCAUCAAAAUAAUGGCACAGUUUAG